AUGACUAAUAAUAUUCCACAGCGAAUAAUUGAUAUUGUUGGUGAGAAUGUCAAAUUUGAAGUAGUAGAUAUAGGUUGUUCUCAAAAUUUAGUUUAUCGAAUAAAAGAUAAUUAUUAUCUUAAAAUUUCAUCUAACAAAAAUGAUUUAUUGAGAAAUGAAGCGGAUAGGAUAAAAUGGUUGCAAAAUAAACUUCCUGUUCCUUGUAUAAUCGAUUAUUUUGAGGAUAAAGAUGAAAAACAAUAUCUGUUGACAUCAGCAUUACUUGGUACAAUGGCUCAUUUAGCUGUCUGUGAUAUUCCAAAUACUGUUCGUCUUUUGGCCAAUGGUUUACGUCAAUUUCAUUGUGUAUCAAUUAUUGACUGCCCAUUUGAUGAAACAUCUAAAACAAAAGGAUAUAAAACAGACGAUUUAGUGUUGACUCAUGGUGAUUAUUGUUUACCAAAUGUAUUAAUUGAUUUACAGAAGAAUGUUGUCGACGGUUUUGUUGAUUUAGGUCAAGUGGGUAUUUGUGAUCGUCUAUGGGAUUUUGCAUUAGUGAAAACAAGUUUGGAGAGAAAUUUUGGUAAUGGAGAAAAGUGGUUCGAAUUACUCUGGAGAGAAUAUGGAUUGAAGGAAGAACCAGAUAGAGAAAAAAUAGAAUAUUAUCAAAUGUUAGAUGCAUUGUCUUAA